UGAGAAAUUGUUCAAUUUGAAUUUCGUGACGCUUUUUUGUUGACAUUCUUCAAGUUCAAAUUUCAAACAUCAAAAACGCGCUAUGUUUAGGCGAUAUUCUGAAAGACACACACGUGGGCACAUAAGCUGAACAUAUAGGUACUGUUAAUUGAACUGGUAAACAGGAAUGGGUAACGAAAGGAAAUAAAAUAUCUUUAACCUGACAGAAUUGAAUGGGUUCAAUCAGCCUAGCUGCCAUAAAAUGACAUCCAGGAAACAAAAAAUCCCAAUUCGUAAAAGAAAAGGUACCCGUGAUUGCCAAGUCAGGAACAAAAAUCUGUAAUGAAUGAUUCCAGAUAAGAAUUUAAGUUAUGUGGAAAAGGAUAAAUAUUUUUUAGGAUUUCAGGAAUUGAUCAACAGAAUAAACAAUGAUAACCCUUAUUCUCAAUCUAACUCUGCGGUUAUUCCUAUUUUCAGCAGUUUUGUUGGUCAGUGGAUUGGGACUUUCGAUGGGUUUAGAUCUUAAUUUAUAUUCCAUUCUGAUAAAAAUUACAACACAAUUCUAUGAAUAUGAGGUUCCGCCAAUAGUUUAUUUUAUAUUAAAGUCUGGCUUACAGAUUGUCAUUAUCUUGUUUGAAAUCUGUAGAAACUUUAGUCUAACAAUUCUAUCAUUUUGUGCCAAAGUGUUUGUGACUACAUUUGAAGUCCUAUUCAUGAUUAGUCCACAAAUUUUCAGAUGCCUACUUAUGAUAGCCUCUUUUUUGACAGAGGUAUUUACCCAGUUGAUAUUAGGAUGUGGAAACUCUUUAAAUUAUGUAUUGAGUUGGAUUAUCUCUUUAAGUUUAGUUUUUCUGUAUCUAGAUAGCAAAUACAAUACUAAUAGAAAUAGACAAGUGCAAUUUGUGAACAAUGAAAAUACAAAUUUAAAUGACAUUACUAAUAAUUCUGACAUUCCAAUUAACACAGAACAUACCACCAGUGAAACAUCCCGUUUGCAGUAUUACAAGGAUUUAAAUUGGUUAAAACGUGAAUUUAAAAGACAGCAAGAAAUAAGAAACAAUUUAAAUCCAUUACUUAACCAAGAAUUAGUGCAUCUUUUGUCACUUAUUGCUCAGCCAAAUCUAGACAGUAGACCUAAUCAAAAUCCUUCCGAACCUCAAGAAACUAAUAAUAUUGACCGUAAUAGUGAAAGCUCAAGCGAUGAUACCGAUGCCGAGGCAGAUUUCUCUGGCCAUGAGGAAAACAGUAACUUGUGUACAAUUUGCAUGGAAGAAAACAGAUGUGUUGCAACAUUCCCCUGUGGGCACACCCAUUUAUGUUUUAGCUGUGUUCGGCAAAUUAUGGCUUCUACAAAAAACUGUCCAAUUUGCAUUGAAAAGAUUCAGGAAUUUAAACAGAUUUAUCUCUAAAGACAAGCUAAAUAAAUGCUAUUGUCAACAAUUCAAUUGUGUUUCAGGAACUGUUCCUUUUAUAUGUACACAUUUAAUAUGCCGUUGCCACCUCUGACCAGUGUCAUCAACCAUUUCUUGUGAACAGAUACAGGACCUAGCUCCUCUACGGUGGCUGAUAAGGGACAUGAAAAAUAAUAUAAUUUGUUUUUUAUAAUUUUCACCCAAGUCAAUUUUAAUUUUCACCCAAGUCAAUUUAAAUAUAAUUUGUUUUUAUAAUUUUCACCCAAGUCAAUUUUAAUAUAAUUUGUUUUUUAUAAU